AAUUUUAUUGCAGUGGAGUGUAAACGAAUGUAAAAUGUAAGGCAAGUGUUGUUUAAGAUUGGGUUUUCGGUUCUUCUUUGCCCAACCCAAGACAUUCCUAGUCAAAAUACAUUCAUUCGUUUGUUUGUUUGUUGGUAUCGUCUGCUUCGGUAUAUAGAAGAAACACGUGAACAUAUAUACGAAAUGGAUGAAUUGUAUCAUUUGAUGACCCAGAAACAACUAUUUAUCAACUACAGUCAACCGGAAAUCAAAGACAUAACUACAGCGGUUAAUAUAUUGCUAACAAGGCUUAUUGGCUGCUUUAACAGUCGAAAUGAUCGCUUUUUCAUCACUAAAUUCGUACCAGGAGGAAGUAUGGUGGAACAAACCAGGAUUUGGGAGAAUCAGCAGGAUCCAAUGAUAGAGUUUGAUUUCCUUGUCUUACUACAAUAUCGAUACGAAGCCCAACACAUCGGUUACGGCUGCCCGGGUCACCUUAAGGUCUUAAAUUUCGAAACAGUUAGAGACACUGACGGACGGCAUCUGAUGAGAGAAGAAGAACUUAGGCCAAAUGAUGUUGUUCAAGAGCAUAACAUGACGAUAUUAAAUAUUCUUGAAGAGAAAUGCAAAGGUUGUAGGACUUGUGAUGUGGCAUGCGUCAACCACAAUGCUUCUAUUCCGUGCACAAUGUUUCAAGUAGAAACAGAAUCUGGUCGGUUAGAGUUGAUUGGACUGGAGGAUGAAUCGAAAGGCUUCUUAAAGCCUAUUGUCAUGCAAUGGCAUAGUCAUGUUAAAACAUUGAUAAGGCCAAAGAUUUCUAAGGAAAUCGAUAUUGUCCAAACAAUUCCAAAUGUUAUCAAAAUAAUGGCUGACUUUGUUCCAGGAUUUCAGUUUUCGCGAUUAAGAAUACAAGAACUGUUUCAUUGCAACUUUCCAAAUUUCCCGAAAGAUAUUGAAGAACCUGACCAUUUUUACGUGGUGCCCAAACUAUGCCCUAAAACUCAUCCAACGUGUUGGAGGAUUUCUUACUGCACGAGUGAAGUACAAUCAAUGAUUUCAACACCACAGAAGCACAGAGAUGCUUACAAAAUGAUAAAGGUUUUCAAACAUUAUGCUUUAGAAAAUACAAUACUGUCUACAUACUUUAUGAAAUCAGUCGUACUACGUCAUAUUGACAAAUGUGAAGAUGGCGGCCUGGAAAUGCAGCCAUGUUUGGUAGAAAUGCUUGAAUAUACGCUCAAAUGUUUUCAAGAAAGAGAAUUGCCUCAUUUCGUGUUGGGACAUGAUCUGUUUGAGAACAGAGUGUUCUUUCAAAAUACCAAACAGGAAGAGGUAUUUCUAAAGAAUUUAGAAAAACUGAUCCGUAAGUUGAGAAAAGAUCGGUUUAAGAAAAUGUUAACGGUAGACGGAAAGAACGAAAAUAAAUCAUUACAAAUAAAACACGUGCUGCAGAUCAUUGCAAAACUGCUGACAAACCAUAGACAAUUCUAACGAGGCACUAGUAGUUCUUUCUAGGAGACAGUUGAGAUGAUGCGGAGCCUCCAUGGCCGAGUGGUUACGGUCGCUGACUUAAAAUCACUUGCCCCUCAUCGGUGUGGGUUCGAGCUUCACUCUUCAUGUGGGGAAGGUCGGUGGUUCUACCCAGGUGCCCGCUCGUGAUGAAAAAGUGCACGGAGGGGCACCUGGGGUCUUCCUCCACAAUCAAAGCUGGAAAGUCGCCAUAUGACCUAUAAUUGUGUCGGUGUUACGUUAAACACAACAAAAUAAAUACAUGAGAUGAUGUAGUGCAAACUUGGAGAUACCGACAUUCAAGGAAAACAACCUUCUAAAUAGUAAAGAAUAAUAACAUUUUCCAUCAAAGCAUGAAAAAAAACAGUAAUAAUCUGUGCUUAGUUGUGUUGAGUAGCAAUACAAAAUACAAAAAACUUGUUGCAUUGAGUAACAAUACAAUACUUGAACAAAUUUAACACGGAAAUACAUCAUUUUAUAAUGUUAUCAUGGUUUGUCAUCAGAUAAAUAUUCUUCCAUCUUUGGAAAUGAAAAAAAAAUAAUCUAAAACA